AAGCAAGGAAACGGGUUCAACUGAAUUUGUAAAAAGUUGUAAGUUCCAAGGCAGAAUUCAUUGGUAGUAUUAAAACUGCAAAAACAGGUGCGAUUUCAAAUGGGUGAUUCCAGCGACUCAGACUCUUCUACUGAAUGGGAGCAGAACACUAGGGUUAUUUCCUUACCCUUUUCCAGAAACCGUUCACAUUUGAGCUCUCGCCUCAGUUACCUGGUGGGACUUCAAAUGGAAAACUUCAGGACCUCGAAUAAUUCUGGAGUAUCACAGCGAAUCCAUAACACCGGGCCCACUCCCGUACUCGCGCCCUCCGGAUUAAGAUCCCGCUUACUCAGCGGUUCCUCUGAGCGGAAUCCAAAUGAGUAUUACGGAGACUCGGACUCCUCAAGCAGCAGCAGAUCUAUCGACAGAACCCCAUUCCUGUUGGAGUAUUCCAGCGACUCAGAGUCGUCUAGUUCCAGUGAUAGUGAAAGCUCAUCGACCAGCAUUAGCUUCGAUAGCAGUAUGAGCUCCACCGAAUCAUCAACACCAAUGGGACAUACAGAAUCCUCAGAUUCAAACGAGGAUUCUCCUCCCAACAAACGGAUCAAAUCAGAUGACGAGGAGUCCAAGAAAUCUGUCUUGCCCUACAACUGCCCUGUGUGCCUGGAAGAUGUCCGCGAGAAGCUACCAGUGUCCACCAAUUGUGGCCACGUUUUCUGCAAAGCGUGCAUUAAGAGAGCUGUCGACACUGGCAGGGUAUGCCCAUUGUGCGGAGUGGAUGAGCCCGAAUUCCAUCGUAUUUUCUUGUAAGACGUGAUAUGGCAGAAAGCAUACUAAACUAAAAAUACCACGGUUUUAAAUACCACAAAUAGACUUGUGGCAUAUACUUUCGAAAGACCGUAACACAAUAUUCACACCUAAAGAAACUGUUGCUCCAUUAUAACAACGCAAACAAAAUCUUAUCCCAGGCAACAUACUCAAGAAACACAAUGCAAUCGAAAACUUUCAGCUGAGAAACUAAAACUCAAAUACAAGACAGACAACUUUGGCCAUAAAACAUGGCGCAAGGACACACUCGCAUACUUGCAGGAAACCCCGGAAAAAUGGAAGGCAAGCAAUGAAAAUUCCGACCUACCGCAAUAAAUUCCGCGGAAAAACAAAGCAAGUGAUGCCAAAAUAAGAGUGAAAUGGCCAGCUCACACACACACAUGAAUGUAAAUGAAGUGGAAUCACCACCUCAGAAAAACUCAGGGACACCUCAGACACGGCCCUGUAAAUCGCGCUUAUCCAAAACACAACAUGGCAUCAGGAGGCAUUGGAGAUUCAGUUUCAUUUUCAUUCAAAGAUUGAAUAAUAGAAGGGGGUGUUCCAUCCCUACCCCAACAACCUUUGACCUGACACAAUGCUCUACAUUCUAUGUUUUUGUUCGAGUUGCGCGUUCGAAUCGCGACUGCGCAAUAAACCUGAUGCCCCAAACAGCUGUUCUAGGCAAGACCUAGGACAACAUUUGCAUCCUUAACUGGAGGCUGGCCAUCCACGUUUACAUUGACGUAAUCCACUUGCCAGGUUGGAUCUAUUCGGUGUUGAGAUAUAUCACAAAGCAGUUCCUUUUGUACUUUAAUUCAUUUUAUUACUGAACAGCUUAUAAUAAAAAUUCUUUAUGU